AUGAAUCAAUUUGCUGAGGAGUGGAAAUACAGACCUGUGCUAUCAGGUUCGUUCAAGAAUGUGGGGAAUAGUGCUUCUUUUGAGCAGUUGGAGGCAGAAUACAGUGAGAAUGAGAUAUGUGUAGCAAUCAUAGACUUCAAUAGGAACAAAGCUCUUGGGCCUAAUGGUUUUAACCUUCUUUGCUUCCAAAAAUUCUGGAAUGUAAUCAUACAUGAGUGGAAAUACAGACCUGUGCUAUCAGGUUCGUUCAAGAAUGUGGGGAAUAGUGCUUCUUUUGAGCAGUUGGAGGCAGAAUACAGUGAGAAUGAGAUAUGUGUAGCAAUCAUAGACUUCAAUAGGAACAAAGCUCUUGGGCCUAAUGGUUUUAACCUUCUUUGCUUCCAAAAAUUCUGGAAUGUAAUCAAACAUGAGAUCAAAAUGGAUUUCUUGGAUGAAAGAAUGUCUCUUGUCUCCACCUCUAGAAUGCUAGUAAAUGGAUCACCAACACAAGAAUUUAGCCCUCAGAAAGGACUCAAACAAGGUGAUCCUUUAUCACCUCCUUUAUUCAAUUUGGUUGCUGAAGGGUUAAACAUUUUAAUGCUAAAGGAAAGAGAGUUGGGACUAUUAAAAGGAGUUGAAAUUGGUUCAAAAGGAGUGGUUGUGUCACACUUGCAAUUUGCAGAUGACUCACUAUGCUUUUGUGAAUCCAAUUGA